AUGGAAGAUAUCUGUUUUAGUUGUUGCCCUGAUCAUCACUCAGGCGAUCUGUGUAGUGCCAUCGCCGUGUAUCUGUCGCCACUGGCGAACAUUCCGGGGCCCAAGUUAGCUGCCUUGACGCACUGGUAUGCCUUUGGUGACAGUUUCGAGUUCAUGGAGCGCACCUACUUCGGAAAACCCUCCUUCGACGCCACCGACAUGUUCUUUGGGCUGACUCGUAUCAUUAUUUUCUUCCCGUGGUUUGCCCUUCUGAUGCAGAAGUCUCCCGGUUGGCUUGUCAAGGCUAUGAUGCCCAACCUGGCAGAGCUCGUGGACACGAAAUCGGUAUGUGUGUCAUCUUAUCCCUGGUACGCUGCAGGUCAAGCUAACCUCCAACGAAAUGUGAGGCACAGCUCGUCAUAUUUGCUGGCGAGGGCACCACCGCAUUUACCCUCAUCGCGGCUGUGUACGAGAUUCUGGCGAAUCCUCCCCGCCCUUGAACGACUCAAGGCUGAGCUCGCGGCAGCCAUCCCGGAUGAGGACUCCAUCCCACCUUUUGCGCAGGUUGACGGGUUGCCCUACUUCAAUGCCGUCUUGCAGGAAGUUAUCCGCCUGCACCCAGGAGUCAUGAAUCGCCAGUUGUGUCUCGCUGCUGACCAGCCUGUCGUGUACCGUGAUAAGCAUGUGUCCGGCCGCGAGUACGUCGUACCUGCCGGCUUUCUUGUCAGCAUGAGUCCUCUGUGCCUGCAUUUGAACCCGGAUGUAUACGAUGAUCCGUAUGAGUUCCGUCCGCAACGAUGGAUUGACAAUCCCCAGCUGGCCCGUGCCUUUUUAGCCUUCUCGAGGGGCACUCGAGCCUGUGUUUGGUAA